AUGAGAGGAUAUCAACAUUGUAGGUACCGUGGAGUCAGGAAGCGGCCGUGGGGCCGUUAUUUUGCGGAGAUUAGGAACCCGCGUACGAAGCGAAGGGAGUGGCUUGGCACCUUCGACACUCCCGAGGAAGCUGCCUGUGCUUUCGACCGUGCCGCUAUAGCCAUACACGGCUUCAAGGCGAAAACCAACCUGCUCAGCCGAUCAUCCCCUCCACCUCGCCACAAUUUUUUCAGCCCUCUCCCGAAAUCGCGGGUGUACCGUCGCCCCAGCCAGCAACAGUACUACUACAACCGUUCCUUGUCCCGCUUUUCCGUCGCGAACAGGUGCCAGCAGCAACCUCUAGAAUUACCUUAUCCACCACUGCGCCGCACUUGUUUCAGCCCUCUCAGAAAAUCUCAAGAUCAGUACUGUCGCACCAGCCAACAACACUACUACUUCAACCGUUCCUUCUCCCGCUCCUCCGUGAACCGGUGCCAGCAGCCCCUCUUGGCCAUCGACCAGCCCUUCGGAACCCCACCUUCGUCACCAAAUAUCCGCACUAGGACUAGGGUAUUACCAACGAUAACUAUCACUCCGCGUUGGACCCCUGCUGCAUCAUCCGCUGCCCCACCCCCUCCCACCAGUACUGGAGCUGCUUGGGCUAACUGCCUCCACUUCCCUGAGGAAACUACUAUUUUUGGCGCCUCCGACAGUCCUCCUUAUUCCUUCCCUGUGGUCCCGCAGCCUUCAUCUGGCUCCGGCCUCCUCCACGAAGCCAUCCAGGCGUUUCUGCCAAAAGCGUCCGACAAGAAAUCCACCUAUAAUAAUUACCACUACUAA